ACUGACUGCGAAUUUGUUGACCCUUCUUCUUUGAACUUUGACUUUAGCCCAGUAGCCUAGCACAUAAGGACACACUCCAGAAGGUUUGUUUUGUCUCUGCAGUCGCUGUGUCACUUGAACGAUUGCCAAUAGAAGGCCCAGGUAUAGGCCAAAAUCUUUGUGUCAAAUCAGAGUCAACGAAGCCGUGGCAUUGUUCCAGAUCCGAUCCAAACUGGUGAUUAUAAGCAUACGGGUACACGCAUCAUACCGGAACCAAAACAACCAGUGUUGUGAGUGAUGAAUAAAGUUUUUCAGACAUUGUGCAAACAGCAACUGAAUGCAAUAAGGCUGGUAACAAAAUUUAAUGCAGCGACUCUCAAUGAUCUACGCAACUACUCUUGGUGUUGCAGAAAUGGGAAUGUAGUUGCCUGUGAAAACUGGCUCAAGAUAAGAGGUAAAAAAGAAAAAGAGCGCAAGGUUCUACAGAGUCGCCUGGUCGCUCGAUUUACCGUUCCUGUAUCCAGUGUAACCGGACCCUUCGCCUUUCAUAUUGAUAGCAGAAGUUUGUGUCUUGGGCGCCCACAACAGGAUAAGAGACUUCAAGACAGUGGUGUUGUUACAGAGGAGUGGAACUUAUCAGAAAAUAUGGCUGGAUAUAUUGUUGGACAUGACAAAAGCAAUAAAAUGUUCUAUAUCACACUUCAAGCAAAACCUGAGAAUGGAGAGACAGCAUUGGCAAAGCUGGAAUACGACUAUGUGAGACCGAAUCUGGUGGAUUUGUAUCACACCGAGGUACCCCCUGAGUUCCAGGGUCAGGGAAUUGCGAAGAUUUUGGCACAAACUGCUUUUGAUCACUUCUGUGAGCAAGAAAUUCGCUUUCGACCAACGUGUACCUAUCUCCAGAAAUAUUUGCGAACCAAUCCAGUGCCAAGGUAUAUGGACUUCAUGGACAAAACAUCAACGUAGACGGCUUUUACCCUUGUCCAUCUAAAAGCAUGACUGUCCCGUGACUGUCCCAUGACCGUCCCGGGAAGUGUGAGACAGCUCGCAAGCCUGUAAUUGUAAAGGGUUCAGGUUUCAAAAUAUGUUAUUAUUAUUACUAUUUACUGUGUCCUUUUGUUGUGAAAUAAAAAUAAAGAAUCAUUGGAAAAAAA